UGACUUCAUGGUGAAGGUUGUGGAGGUGGCAGACAGCAGCCAGCAGAAAACGCUGCGAGGACACGAAGCUCCGGUCCUCAGCGUGGCCUUUGACCCCAAAGAUGAGUUCUUGGCCUCUGCCUGCUGCGACGGCUCUGUGGUGGUGUGGGACAUUGAGCAGCAGACUCAAGUGAUCAGCUGGCCUCUGCUGAAGAAGACGAACGACGUCAGCAACGCCCGCUCUCUCUGCCGCCUAGCCUUUCAGCCCUCAUCAGGGAAGUUCUUAGCCGUUCCUGUAGAAUCAAAGGUGCACCUGUACGGGCGAGGCUCCUGGGACCACGCCGCCACGCUCUCUGAUGACCUGCUGUCACAGCCCAUCAACGUGGUGUCCUGGUCUCCGUGCGGCCAGUUCCUGGCAGCGGGGGCCGUGGGGGGGUCAUUGACGGUGUGGGAUGUGAGCAGCAAGCUUUGUGUUGAGAGGCAGAAGCACGAGAAGGGCUUCAGCGUCUGCAGCCUGGCCUGGCAUCCGUCUGGCAGGCAGCUGGCGUACACGGACACAGAGGGCUGCCUGGGCCUGCUGGACGGGGUGAACACCUCCAUCAGCGCCGUUGACCAGGCGCCAACAAAGAAAGCGGAUAAAGACUUUGACGACUUGUUUGACGAUGAUGACGACCAGCUGAUGGAUGAAGGUCUGAGCGACAGCCGCUCACCAGCUCAGAAACGAGCCACCAGGAAUGAGGAUGAUGACGAGGACGAUGACUUCAGGAUCCCCUCCACGGGCCGGGUGAAGAACAGAGGGGCGAUUCUGGAUGAUGAGAACUCGCUGGACACAGCCUCUCUGAAGUUUGGUGAAGACAAACCUGCAGAUGAGGAGGAUGCAGGAGGCCCCGUGGGUCCUGCCGCGCCCCCGCUGCUGCCCUCACGGCCCGUCUACGAGGGGCCGCUGCCUUCUCUUCCACAGAAAGCCUUCCAGGCGGGCUCCACGCCCGCUCACCUCACUCACCGCUUCAUGAUGUGGAACUCGGUUGGAAUUGUGCGUGGCUACAACGACGAGCAGGACAACGCCAUCGACGUGGAGUUUCACGACACAGCCGUUCAUCACGCCAUGCACCUCACCAACUCUCUGGGUCACACCAUGGCGGACAUUUCCCAGGAGGCCGUGCUGCUGGCCUGCCCCAGCACAGAGGAGCUGGCCAGUAAGCUGCAGUGCCUCCACUUCUCCUCCUGGGACACCAACAAGGAGUGGAUGGUGGACAUGCCGAAGGGGGAGGACGUGAAGGCGCUGUGUCUGGGUCAGGGCUGGGCGGCGGUCGCCACCAGCGCGCUGAUGGUCCGACUGUUUUCCAUCGGAGGCAUCCAGAGAGAAGUCUUCAGCCUUCCGGGGCCGGCGGUCUGCAUGGCCGGACACGGCGAGCAGCUGCUCAUCGUCUACCAUCGAGCUACUGGCUUUGACGGAGAUCAGGCUCUCGGCGUUCAGCUGCUUCAGCUCAGUCGCAGGAGGAAACAAAUCCUCAGUGGCGAGCCCCUCCCGCUUUCACACAAGUCCUAUCUGUCCUGGCUGGGCUUCACUGCCGAAGGAACGCCGUGCUUCGUGGACUCGGAAGGAGUGGUGCGCAUGCUGAACCGUGCGCUGGCCAACACCUGGACCCCCGUGUGCAGCACCAGGGACACCUGCAAGAGCAAGUCGGACCACUACUGGGUGGUGGGGGUGCACGAGAACCCACAGCAGCUCAGGUGUAUUCCAUGUAAAGGCUCCAGGUAUCCCCCCACCCUGCCCAGACCGGCUGUGGCCAUCCUGCCCUUCAAGCUGCCUCUGUGUCAGACCACCACCGAGAAGGGGCAGAUGGAGGAGCAGUUCUGGCGUUCGGUCCUCUUCCACAACCACUACAGUUUCCUGUCUGCCAGCGGCUUCGAGGUGGACGAGGACGCGCAGACGCAGUCGGAGAAGGAGAAGCAGGAGCUGCUCAUGAAGAUGUUUGCUCUGUCCUGUAGGCUGGAGAGAGAGUUUCGCUGUGUGGAGCUGGCGGAGCUAAUGACCCAGAACGUGGUGACUUUGGCCAUCCGCUACGCGUCCCGGUCCAGACGUAUGGCGCUCGCCCAGAGACUCAGUGAGAUCGCCAUGGAAAAAGCGGUCCAGAGUCAGCAGGAGGAGCCAGAGGAGCAGGAGGAAGAUCUGCAGUAUUGCAGCGUCAGGCGCUCCUCUGAGUUUGGAGAGGCUGGGCUCGCCGGAGGACGGCGUGUUUCCAGACACGCUCAGGAGGAGGAACCAGAGAAGAACGGGCCGCAGGAGUCAGAGGAGGAGGCUCAAACAAACGUAAAUCCUUUUGCCAAAGAGGCCGUCUCACCUGUGAAGCAGUCUGUAACACCUGUUGGUAAAGUGGCUCGAGCCAAUCCUUUCAAAGUUUCUGCCACUGGAAAGUCAUCUGUGUCCGCUCAGCCGCGAGCAGCCAACAUCCUGGACAACAUGACCUCCAGCAGGAAGUCGACGCCGCUCAGCGGGCCAGCAGCAAAGACCAGCAAAAGCCCUGUUCUGAAACCGCUAGCGCCCCGCCCAAAGACAAAGACUCAGUCCACCCUGCUGCAGAUGGCUUCCUCUAAGGCCAAGAAGGCAGAGGAGGACAAAGAGCCAGAUCUGCAGAAACAAGCUGAAGCUCCGCCUCCUGUUUCAGAAAACCAACGGCCAAAGACAGGCUUUCAGCUGUGGCUGGAGGAGAACAGGAAGAGCAUCACUGCAGACAGUCCAGACCUGGAUGAGACGGAGGUCAUCAGGGAGGCCAUGGGCCGCUUCAGGGUGCUGUCGGCAGAGGAGCGGCUGUCAUGGACGGAAAGAGCAAAAGGACAGGAUGGAGACGCGGAGGGGAAGAAGAGGAAGAGGCCAGGAGAGCAGCAGAGAGGAGGUGCAGAGGAGACCACGGCACAUGAAAGCGGCGCCAAAAAGAAAAAAGCGCUGGAGUCCUCCUCCAGGCUUUCUGCCUUUGCUUUUAACCAGAACUGAACCAGAUGGAAGCUGAUUCUGGAAAUGUGUUUGACCUGUUGGUUUUUAGGAGAGCUCCUUCAGAACCAGCUGGUUCUGAAGGACAACCUGUUGGUUUUUAGGAGAUAAACCUUUUCAAUGUUAUUCCAGUCAAGUUUUAUUCCUGAUGGAAGGAAAUGUUUUCUAAUAAAUAAAAUGUGUCCUCUUUA